CAAACCUAAUUUCCUCUCAUAUCAAAUUUCCAAAAAAAAUAAAAAAAUUAUACAUUAAAUAAAUAAAAAAAAAAAACAGACCUUAUAUCUUUAUAUAUAGCUACCUAGCUCAAAAGGGAUGCCGGUUCGUAGAUAUGCAUUUGGGAGAGCAGACGAGGCAACUCACCCUGACUCGAUGAGAGCUGCCUUAGCUGAAUUUGUAGCCACUUUCAUAUUCGUUUUCGCCGGCGAAGGCUCUAUCCUUUCCAUGGACAAACUUUACAGAGAAAGAGGUGGAAUAACAUCAGCUUCAGAGCUAGCAAUAGUGGCUUUAGCCCAUGCUUUUGCUCUGACAGCCGCCGUGGCCGCCAGUAUAAACAUCUCUGGCGGCCACGUUAACCCCGCGGUUACGUUCGGCGCGCUUGUCGGUGGAAGGAUUUCGGUUGUUAGAGCCUUUUUUUACUGGGUGGCUCAGUUACUUGGUGCUAUUUUGGCUUCUCUUUUGUUGAGACUUGUUACUGUUGGCAUGAGACCGGUAGGGUUCCACUUGGGAUCCGGUGUGAGCGACGCGCACGGGCUAGUACUCGAAAUCAUCAUGACAUUCGGGUUGGUUUACACGGUCUACGCGACGGUGAUCGACCCUAAGCGGGGAAGUGUAGGGACAUUAGGGCCGUUGGCGAUAGGGCUCAUAGUGGGGGCGAACAUCUUGGUGGGUGGACCGUUCGAUGGGGCGGCAAUGAACCCCGCUCGGGCGUUCGGGCCAGCCCUAGUGGGGUGGCGAUGGAAGAGCCAUUGGAUCUUUUGGAUUGGUCCUUUAAUUGGAGGUGCUUUAGCUGGACUCAUAUAUGAAUAUAUGGUCAUACCAUCCGAACCACCACAUCUCCACACUACUCAUCAGCCUUUGGCUCCUGAAGAUUACUAGUAGUUUUUUUUUUUUUUUUUAAUUUUCUUUAUAAUUUUCUUUAAUUUAGUGCUUGAUCUAUUUUAUGGCUUAAGGGUUUUUUUUUGUGUUUUUUUUUCUUAAAUCUUUUUGUGUUUGUAAACUUUUGAGUUUGUUCAUUGCAUGUUGGUAGUGUAAAAGUUAAUAAUAUGUUUGUAAAAGUAAUUAAUAAAAUGCCAACACACUUGAUAAUUU